AGUCACAGCGCUGGAGAGCAUGUCUAUUACAUGCCGCACAGCCACAUCCCUAGCUAUUGCCUCGGAAUCUUUGCUGGCUUCUGGUACACCACAAAAGCGCCACUGCGAAUGCCUAGGCUCAAGGUGGCCUUUCUGUGGGUGACAGCUCUUUGCAGUAUCUGCAUCGCCCAAUUCGGAAGUAUCCUGUGGACGGGACAUAAACAACCUUCCAGAGUUACCACGGCUCUGUACGCCGCUCCACACCGCGGGCUCUUCAGCGCCGGGAUCGCGUGGAUGAUCUACGCCUGCCUCGCGGGCAGAGCAGGCUUUCUCAGCAGCCUACUGGCGUGGCCUGGAUGGGCUCCGUUGAGUAGGCUUUCCUUCUCCACAUACAUGAUUCACGACAUUAUGCUGCAGUACCAGUGGACCACUUUUACUAGUAGAGAUGACGGAGGCUAUUAUUUCAUGUAUAUACCAUCCUUUGCGAAUCCAGGAACAAUGCAGCAAAGAAAACAGUGACCGUGUCAGCGGCUUCAACAAAAACACCUAGUUUGCUGCAAAAGUCCAGCACUGGAUAGCCAGGGCUUCCGCUCCCGCAGUUACGGUGUCAUGGACUCGGCGUGCGGCAGCCACACCAUGGAAGCUGAGGUGAUCCAUGACGGUUCGCCGAGCUUUUUGCGGUCAGGCGUUUUGCCGCACGAUGACUACCUUCCAGAACGAAACCAGUCUGGAAUCCCCAUCGAUGCCAGCUGGUGCUGUUACGAUAUCAAGCGAAAUGCGAACAACAAUGACAACUGGGUCAGCCCACGGAUAUCGUACUCAGACGUUUGUGCAUGCGGCAUUCGUUCGUGUUACCUGGAACAGAGCGAAAUAACUUUUCUAACUCGUCAUCCCGUCAGCGAAAACAUUUCGUAUCCGUCGGAACAACUGCACUAUGGCCCCGAGCGCUUUCGACCAGGUGCCUCAAGACCAACGACGCCGUACCAGGACAUUGCGCCAAUCAUGCCGGAACACAACUACGCCCUCAAUCCAGAAAAACUGCGGAGGGCGUGGAGCCUGUUCACGAAGCGCAAUUUCAGCAGCUGGCAGUUGUCAAGUCCCCCUUUCAUGCAUUCUUUAGAGACAAGAGACGCAUGCUUUCCAUCCAGGCUUUCGACAGAUUCACCCCCAAUAUGGGCGCCUAUAAUUCACGAUCACGAUGGAAACGACCUUACUUCACUGGUCCACACUGGCCAGCACUGGUCCGACAGGCGUCAGCAUGACUUUCAUGACGGGCCAACAUCACAAGUGGGCACACGACAGACCAAUGUCGCACCUUACGGCCUACUGGAUACUAGAGAACUGUAUCAGACACUAGAGACCACUCCAGUUGGCUGUGACAAAGACCUGGAGGAGCAAGGAGGCGUAAGAUCUACGCCUGCCAUCAAAGGCUUUUUACCGAGUAAUGUCGAGUUGCGCCAAGAGCCCGAGGCGAUCCUUCCAGACAUCAGUGACCGCGACGGUCAGAGUUGGCAUUUGAGACAUAUCAAGAGCGAAUGUGACAGCGUAGACUCUUCACCAACGCCGGAGUGGUAUCGAUGUUUGAUCAAGCCCGCACCCACCACCGAGGAGCUGCUACGGAGACAUAAAGAGCUGGGCCAGGAGCCCGAGGCCAUUCUUCCAUACAUCAGUCACGACGGUGACCAGAAUAGGCAACUGCGUCACAUCAAGGUCGAACCUGUGAGCGACGACCCUUCGCCGGCCCGACCUGAGCCCGAACAGCCGGAAUGCCCUCCGGUUGUCGACGAAGCAUCGGCGGGAGCAGUGGAAGACGCUCAGUCCGAACAGCGUGAAAAGCUCUUCCGGUGCCCGUUGUGUGAGACCAUGUUUCGUGCCAAGCGCUCGUUGGUCGUCCACAUGAGGCGCCACACAGGCGAGCGCCCCUUCAAGUGCCAUCUCUGUCCCACUGCGUUCAUGUCGCAGCAGGGGCUCAAAGGCCACCUGCUGCGCCACUCGAACGCUCGUCCGUGGAAGUGCGACAUCUGCUCGAAGGGCUACAUCAAAAAGCAUUUCUUGAACGUCCACAAGCGCCUCCAGCACCAGGGCGCAGGGCUGUUCAAGUGCGACCUCUGUCCGCAGGUGUUCGUCGUAUCGGCAAGUCUCCAGGUGCACCGACGCGCCCACGACGAGGACAAGCCGUCGCAGUGCCACGUCUGCCUCGCCCAGUUCCCCGACAGGAGCGCGCUCCGGAAGCACGCGCUCGCCAAGCACUCGGACCGGCCCUUCAUGUGCGACCUGUGCGGCAAGACGUUCUCCAUGCGCGCCGCGCUCAAGAACCACCGCUACGUGCACGUGAGCUCGCGCAGCUGCGCCCCCCGGUGGAACAGUUCCCGGCCUCCACCCCCGGAACUGACGACGCCGUGCGCGGUCCAGCUGUGCAAGGUCGAGCCUGCAGACGACGCGUGCGUGGAGCAAUCCCCGCCGGUGACCGGAGCUCCGCCCGUCUGACGUUGCCAUGGCAACUGCGGGACACGUGAGAAGUUUCGGUAUGACGUAACGGCAAUGGAUCUAGCCGGACGGCGCCAGUGUAGAAGCCCUUUACGGAAUAUCGAAGCAGCUCCAAUGACGUGUGAGAUGUGCUCGUGUUUGUUGGUCGUCAACGCUUUAUGCGGCUGUCGCAAUAAAGCGCCUCGCUUCGUUUA